UUUUAUUCCAGAAGAGUAUUAACAAUUGUGAGUCAGGCGGUUUUGUCUUUGCAGCAGUAGAAAAUUUUCAAUUAACUCGUUUUUUAAACAAUUUCAUAAAAACACUUAAAUAAAUUAAGCAAUCAUGUCUACAAUGGCUACUCCUUUAUCCAUAGCCGGAACCCGUCAGUCGGGUCAACCCGUGCGUACACAAAAUGUUAUGGCUGCUAGUUCCAUUGCUAACAUUGUUAAGAGCUCUUUGGGUCCAGUCGGCUUGGACAAAAUGUUGGUAGAUGAUAUUGGUGAUGUUACCGUAACCAAUGAUGGUGCCACCAUUUUGAGAUUAUUGGAAGUUGAACACCCUGCUGCUAAGGUCUUGGUUGAGCUGGCUCAAUUACAGGAUGAUGAAGUUGGCGAUGGUACCACUUCUGUUGUCAUUUUGGCUGCAGAAUUACUUAAGAAUGCUGAUGAAUUGGUUAAACAAAAGAUUCAUCCCACUUCAAUCAUUUCUGGCUACCGUUUGGCUUGCAAGGAAGCUUGCAAAUACAUUUCUGAACAUUUGACUGCUCCCGUGGAUGAAUUAGGUCGUGAUUCUUUGAUUAAUAUUGCCAAAACUUCCAUGAGCUCUAAAAUUAUUGGUGCUGAUGCUGAUUUCUUCUCAGCCAUGGUCGUCGAUGCCGCUCAAGCUGUCAAGAUCACUGACCCCAAGGGUAAUGCCGCCUAUUCCAUUAAAGCCGUCAAUGUUUUAAAGGCUCAUGGCAAAUCAGCCCGCGAAUCUCUUUUGAUCCCCGGAUAUGCCUUGAACUGCACCAUUGCUUCCCAACAAAUGCCCAAAAAGAUUGUUAAUGCUAAAAUCGCCUGUUUGGACUUCUCCUUACAAAAGACCAAAAUGAAAAUGGGCGUUCAAGUUUUGAUCAACGAUCCCGAUAAGUUGGAAGGUAUCCGUGCUCGUGAAUUAGAUAUUACUAAGGAACGCAUCAAUAAAAUUUUAAGUACCGGUGUCAAUGUUGUUUUGUGCUCCGGCGGUGUUGAUGAUUUAUGCAUGAAGUAUUUCGUUGAGGCUGGUGCUAUGGCUGUUAGACGUGUUAAGAAAGCUGAUUUGAAGAUUAUUGCUAAGGCUACUGGUGCUGCUUUCCUUACAUCACUCACUAAUAUGGAAGGUGAUGAAAGUUUCGAUGCUUCCAUGGUUGGUGAAGCUGCAGAAGUUGCCCAGGAGCGUAUCUGUGAUGAUGAGUUGAUUCUUAUCAAGGGUACUAAAGCCAGAGCUGCUGCCUCUAUUAUUCUGCGUGGUCCCAACGAUUUCUACUGUGAUGAAAUGGAAAGAUCUAUUCAUGAUUCUUUGUGCGUUGUUAAGCGUGUUCUGGAAAGCAAGAAAGUUGUAGCUGGUGGUGGCUGUGUUGAAGCUGCUUUAUCCAUUUACUUAGAAAACUUUGCUACUUCUUUGAGCUCCCGCGAACAAUUGGCUAUUGCUGAAUUUGCCAAAUCUCUUUUGGUUAUUCCCAAGACAUUGGCUGUUAAUGCCGCUAAAGAUGCUACCGAUUUGGUUGCUAAAUUACGUGCCUACCACAAUUCCAGCCAAACUAAAGCCGAACAUGCCGCUUUGAAGUGGACCGGUUUGGAUUUGAUCGAAGGUGUUGUACGCGACAACAAAAAAGCCGGUGUUUUGGAGCCCGCCAUGUCUAAGAUUAAGUCCUUGAAAUUCGCCACAGAAGCCGCUAUUACCAUUUUGCGUAUUGACGAUAUGAUCAAAUUGAAUCCUGAAGAGAAACAAGGCAAAACUUAUGGUGAUGCUUGUGCUGCAGGCGAACUUUAAAUUUAAAACACUUUCUUAUUAAGUUUAGUUGAACAUCAUCUUCGUUUAAUUGUCUUUUUUUCUCUUUUAAGCAUUUAAAUCAUUAAACAAAAAAUACACCUUAAAAUUAACAAUUUAAUUGUUUUAAAAAAACAAAUCACAUUUUUUUCUUUCAUUAAAAAACGUUGUUUUUUCCUAAUUUCGUAUUUUUCCUUUUUAAUUUAAUUAUAAAAUUCUACAAACUGUAUUAACACACAUAUUUCAUAAAACAAAAAAAAAAAAACAAAGUACAGAAAUCCUCUAACUUGGUGUUUAAGGACAACCAGUAUAAGAAGAUAUGGAUUUUUAGAUAAAGAAACAACUCAAAAUAAAACACGCUUUUUUAAAACAUACCUAAAA